AUGACUCCUGGCAACAAUUCCUCUUUCGACUUCAUGCAGGUGGAUCCUGAGAGAUUGCUGGAUGUAAUGAGCCCUGACCACAAUUCCUCUUUCGACCCCAUGCAGGUGGAUACUGAGAAAUGGCUGCUGGAGUGGCUGGAGGGUCAAAAUCAAUCGAUAAGUGCCACACACACGGGCGAGAAGCCGUUCAAUUGCUCUGUGUGUGGGAAGGCAUUUGCAUGGAAAUCAAAUCUUAACACUCACAAGAAAACACACUCGGGUGAGAAGCCGUUCAAGUGCUCUGUUUGUGGGAAGGCAUUUGCACGGAAAACAAUUCUUAACAGACACCAGAAAACACACACGGGCGAGAAGCCGUUCAAUUGCUCAUUGUGUGGGAAGGCAUUUGCACGGAAAACAAUUCUUAACAGACACCAGAAAACACACACGGGCAAGAAGCCAUUCAAUUGUUCUGUUUGUGGGAAGGCAUUUGCAGAGAAAUCAUCUCUUAACAGACACCAGAAAAUACACACUGGUGAGAAGUCAGUCAAGUGCUCUGUGUGUGGGAAGGCAUUUGCACAGAAAUCACAUCUUCACAGUCACAGAAAACACACGGGCGAGAAGCCAUUCAAGUGCUCCUUGUGUGGGAAGAAAUUUUCACGGAAAACAAUUCUUAACAGACACCAGAAAACACACACGGGUGAGAAGCCAUUCAAUUGUUCUGUGUGUGGGAAGGCAUUUGAAUGGAAAACAACUCUUAACAGACACCAGAAAACACACACGGGCGAGAAGCCAUUCAAUUGUUCUCCGUUAGAGAGGACACGGUCAUCACCCCGAAACAAGCAUGCGAAGAUCCGCAAUGAGAGUGAAGUGAAAUCAAAAGGUGAAAUGCAAAGUGCUGCAGUGAGUCCUGAACAAAAUGAAUCUGUCGACCCUAUACAGGUGAAUCCUGAGAGAUGCCUGGAUGUAGUGGAUGUAAUGACUCCUGGCAACAAUUCCACUUUCGACCUCAUGCAGUUAGAUCCUGAGAGACUGCUGGAUGUAAUGAGCCCUGACCACAAUUCCUCUUUCGACCCCAUGCAGGUGGACACUGAGAAAUGGCUGCUGGAGUGGCUGGAGCGUCAAAGUUUUGAGUACUUCUGUUAACUCUUGAAGUCCUGGAAUGUGCAUGAUUGUGUCUCUGUUAGAUCAAUCAAUAAGGUACACAUUAUUACUUCCGUGAUUUCCAGUACUCCAAGCUCGAGGGAUGUUGUGAAUGCUCUAUGAUGUGUUGGGAUAAAAAGGAAUUCCUUUUAAGCUUCAGAAGCGUUCACGUAUUUCAGGAUGACAACAAUUUUAUACUUCCAUAGAUGCGUUGCUUCGUCUGGUGGUUGUAUC